AUGGUGUUCAUCAACGAUCUGUUGGAAGUCGUAGAGGCAGUCCGGAAGGAAGUAAAAGUAGGGGACACGAAAACGUCGGUGUCAGGGAUGCUCUUUGCGGAUGAUUUUGUCGGUAUGUCGGACACCCCUGAGGGACUGCAACUGCAAAUUGACGAGGCGAAGAAGUUCACUGAUACGUGGAGAUUGUCUGCCAACGUUAAGAAGAGUGCCGUCAUGGUUUGCAACGAGAAGAAGGAGGAGCCAGUAGAACAUAGAUGGAAGUGGGGGGUCGAGGAGAUUGCAGUAGUGGACCAGUACACAUACCUUGGAGUAGAGAUCGCAAAAGACUGCUCGUGGAAUGCACACAUUGCCGUCAUGGUUUGCAACGAGAAGAAGGAGGAGCCAGUAGAACAUAGAUGGAAGUGGGGGGUCGAGGAGAUUGCAGUAGUGGACCAGUACACAUACCUUGGAGUAGAGAUCGCAAAAGACUGCUCGUGGAAUGCACACAUGUCCAAGGU